AUGUCCUCAUUACUAUCGCCGCUCCUAUGGUCUGUCCUCCCGUCACAAAUCACUCAUCAGAUCAUACCAUACCUCAACACAUAUCUUCCAAGUUUAUUCCCAGCUGAACCCAGAGGGUCUCCUGGAUACAUAAGAAAUUAUCGAUACGCAUUUACAGGUGUCAUAUUCACUUAUCUAGCUUACACAUUCUUCAAAUCAGAUGAGAAAGGGAAUACGACAGAAGAUUUUUAUGCUUUACUAGGUGUGGAAAAGGACGUUGAUGCAGAUGGAUUGAAAAGGGCUUUUAGAUCUUUAUCAAGAUUGUAUCAUCCUGAUAGAGCUGGAUCAGGUAACGAUGAUCUAUUCAUAAUGAUUCGGAGGGCAUACGAAACCUUAUCCGAUCCAGUGAAGAGGUAUGCGUACGAUAGAUUUGGUCCUCAGAUAUUAGAUUGGAAAUCGGCUUCUAUAAGAGAGUAUACAAUAACGGGACUCCAUCGUUCGAUUGGAUUUUAUAUAUUCUCAGGAGGGUUCAUGUUACUUUUAUCAUUACUUGGUCGAGCUAAAGAAGGUGCUUAUUGGCGUCACACACUGUUUUGUGGAUUGUUGAUCUCAGAAAUGACUUUGAUACUGUCACCUUCAUCUUCCCUCUUAUCGUCUUCCGUCACAUUUCGUCGAAUCCCUUCGAUGUUCUUUCGACUAUUCCCAAUAUUAUCUUCACCUCAAUUCAUUCAAAUUGCAUUCCUCCAUCGACUAUUUACCACGUUCUCCAUAGCGAUAAAUCAAUUGACCAGCGUAUGGUUCCCUUCUCCACCUUCACAAGAAGAAGAAUGGGGCAAAGUCAUGAGUAUGUUGAAAAAUCUGGAAAUAGAAGCCGUAACGGGAUUUCAGAGUGAGGUGGCUCCUUUAAUGUCAACUGGACAACCUAAAUAUAUGGAGAAAUUGAUACAAAACAAUAUGGAAGAUAUUCUAGUAGAAAGAAGUAUGUAUGCCCACCCUCAAAUUCGUCAGGCUCAACAAGAUGCCUUACUUCGACCUCUGUCAAGAGAUCUACGGACUCAAACUCCGCAACAUAGAGCUGCAUUACAACAGUUGGAAAUCGCAACUAAGAUUCCUUUACCGCCUUCACCGCCUCCUUCGCCUCGCCACCAUUCAUUGAGAUUGUCGUAA